CGCCCCUAGGUGUUCCCGCCCCUCCCCCUCCCGUGUCGCUCGCUUUCUGUCAGCCUCUCUCCCUCUCCCUCUCCCCUCUCCUUCCUCUCGCUUCCUCUCUCGCACCUGAGCGUACGCACCUGCCCGGGCCCGGCUCCCUCCUCCUCUCCCCUCACUCUUUCCCCGCCCGGCCGCGGGAGCCUCGUGGCUGCGUCACCGCCGCCCCCCCAGACAAGAUGGACACCGCGGAGGAAGACAUAUGUAGAGUGUGUCGGUCGGAAGGAACACCUGAGAAACCGCUUUAUCAUCCUUGUGUAUGUACUGGCAGUAUUAAGUUUAUCCAUCAAGAAUGCUUAGUUCAAUGGCUGAAACACAGUCGAAAAGAAUACUGUGAAUUAUGCAAGCACAGAUUUGCUUUUACACCAAUUUAUUCUCCAGAUAUGCCUUCACGGCUUCCAAUUCAAGACAUAUUUGCUGGACUGGUUACAAGUAUUGGCACUGCAAUACGAUAUUGGUUUCAUUAUACACUUGUGGCCUUUGCAUGGUUGGGAGUUGUUCCUCUUACAGCAUGCCGCAUCUACAAGUGCUUGUUUACUGGCUCCGUGAGCUCACUACUGACGCUGCCAUUAGAUAUGCUGUCAACGGAAAAUUUGUUGGCAGAUUGUUUGCAGGGUUGUUUUGUGGUGACGUGCACACUGUGUGCAUUCAUCAGCCUGGUGUGGUUGAGAGAGCAGAUAGUCCAUGGGGGAGCACCAAUUUGGUUGGAGCAUGCUGCCCCACCCUUCAAUGCUGCGGGGCAUCACCAAAAUGAGGCUCCAGCAGGAGGAAAUGGUGCAGAAAAUGUUGCUGCUGAUCAGCCUGCUAACCCACCAGCUGAGAACGCAGUGGUGGGGGAAAACCCUGAUGCCCAGGAUGACCAGGCAGAAGAGGAGGAGGAGGACAAUGAGGAGGAAGAUGACGCUGGUGUGGAGGAUGCGGCAGAUGCUAAUAAUGGAGCCCAGGAUGACAUGAAUUGGAAUGCUUUAGAAUGGGACCGAGCUGCUGAAGAGCUUACAUGGGAAAGAAUGCUAGGACUUGAUGGAUCACUAGUUUUUCUGGAACAUGUCUUCUGGGUGGUAUCUUUAAAUACACUGUUCAUUCUUGUUUUUGCAUUUUGCCCUUACCAUAUUGGUCAUUUCUCCCUUGUUGGUUUGGGAUUUGAAGAACACGUCCAAGCAUCUCAUUUUGAAGGCCUAAUCACAACCAUAGUUGGGUAUAUACUUUUAGCAAUAACACUGAUAAUUUGUCAUGGCUUGGCAACUCUUGUGAAAUUUCAUAGAUCUCGUCGCUUACUGGGAGUCUGCUAUAUUGUUGUUAAGGUCUCUUUGUUAGUGGUGGUAGAAAUUGGAGUAUUCCCUCUCAUUUGUGGUUGGUGGCUGGAUAUCUGUUCCUUGGAAAUGUUUGAUGCUACUCUGAAAGAUCGAGAACUGAGCUUUCAGUCGGCUCCAGGUACUACCAUGUUUUUGCAUUGGCUAGUGGGAAUGGUAUAUGUCUUCUACUUUGCCUCCUUCAUUCUACUACUGAGAGAGGUACUUCGACCUGGUGUCCUGUGGUUUCUAAGGAAUUUGAAUGAUCCAGAUUUCAAUCCAGUACAGGAAAUGAUCCAUUUGCCAAUAUAUAGGCAUCUCCGAAGAUUUAUUUUGUCAGUGAUUGUCUUUGGCUCCAUUGUCCUCCUGAUGCUUUGGCUUCCUAUACGUAUAAUUAAGAGUGUGCUGCCUAAUUUUCUUCCAUACAAUGUCAUGCUCUACAGUGAUGCUCCAGUGAGUGAACUGUCCCUCGAGCUGCUUCUGCUUCAGGUUGUCUUGCCAGCAUUACUCGAACAGGGACACACGAGGCAGUGGCUGAAGGGGCUGGUGCGAGCGUGGACUGUGACCGCCGGAUACUUGCUGGAUCUUCAUUCUUAUUUAUUGGGAGACCAGGAAGAAAAUGAAAGCAGUGCAAAUCAACAAGUUAACAAUAAUCAGCAUGCUCGAAAUAACAACGCUAUUCCUGUGGUGGGAGAAGGCCUUCAUGCUGCCCACCAAGCCAUACUCCAGCAGGGAGGGCCUGUUGGCUUUCAGCCUUACCGCCGACCUUUAAAUUUUCCACUCAGGAUAUUUCUGUUGAUUGUCUUCAUGUGUAUAACAUUACUGAUUGCCAGCCUCAUCUGCCUUACUUUACCAGUAUUUGCUGGCCGUUGGUUAAUGUCAUUUUGGACGGGGACUGCCAAAAUCCAUGAGCUCUACACAGCUGCUUGUGGUCUCUAUGUUUGCUGGCUAACCAUAAGGGCUGUGACGGUGAUGGUGGCAUGGAUGCCUCAGGGACGCAGAGUGAUCUUCCAGAAGGUUAAAGAGUGGUCUCUCAUGAUCAUGAAGACUUUGAUAGUUGCGGUGCUGUUGGCUGGAGUUGUCCCUCUCCUUCUGGGUCUCCUGUUUGAGCUGGUCAUUGUGGCUCCCCUGAGGGUUCCCUUGGAUCAGACUCCUCUUUUUUAUCCAUGGCAGGACUGGGCACUUGGAGUCCUGCAUGCCAAAAUCAUUGCAGCUAUAACAUUGAUGGGUCCUCAGUGGUGGUUGAAAACUGUAAUUGAACAGGUUUACGCAAAUGGCAUCCGGAACAUUGACCUUCACUAUAUUGUUCGUAAACUGGCAGCUCCCGUGAUCUCUGUGCUGUUGCUUUCCCUGUGUGUACCUUAUGUCAUAGCUUCUGGUGUUGUUCCUUUACUAGGUGUUACUGCGGAAAUGCAAAACUUAGUCCAUCGGCGGAUUUAUCCAUUUUUACUGAUGGUCGUGGUAUUGAUGGCAAUUUUGUCCUUCCAAGUCCGCCAGUUUAAGCGCCUUUAUGAACAUAUUAAAAAUGACAAGUACCUUGUGGGUCAACGACUCGUGAACUACGAACGGAAAUCUGGCAAACAAGGCUCAUCUCCACCACCUCCACAGUCAUCCCAAGAAUAAAGUAGUUGUCUCAACAACUUGACCUUCCCCUUUACGUGUCCUUUUUGUGGACUUCUCUCUUUGGAGAUUUUUCCCAGUGAUCUCUCAGCGUUGUUUUUAAGUUAAACGUAUUUGACUUGUGUUCUCAGCAUUCAGAGAGCAGCGGUGUAAGAUUCUGCUGUUCUCCCUGGAUCUUCUGACAUUACUGCUGUCUGAGAUUUGUAUAUGUGUAAAUACAAGUUCCUUGAUACCCUAAAACCUUGGAUUAAACAGAAUGUGCAUUGUACAUCUUUAAACAAAAUGUAUAUUAAUUUAUUAAAUCUAGUUGUCACUUUA